AUGAUUCAGAAUAUUGAGGAGACAGCUCUGCUCUCUGAGCAUGUCAAUCUGCUUACUGCUGAGAUGGAACCCAAGGCAGCAGAUCAGGAAAUGCAGGAUUUUGAGGUGCAGAUUGACCUGGCUGAGAGGGAGCAGCAGAAACCCUUCUCUGAGAAGGCAGUGAAGAGAGAUUUUGAGGUGAUUAUCACCUCAGAGAAGGAGGAGAAGAAGAAGAAGAAGAAGAAGAAGAAGAAGAAUGAGAAGUGA